GCCAACCACGCCAAAUCACCUGACGGAGCGAUCACUUACGGAACGCUAUCACGCGAGGCUCAUCACAUUUUGCAACUUCUUCUCGCGGGCGUGUCGGUGCUGCUGCUUCCCCAACAGAGGCCGUUUACCUAGCACGUACAGCUCGUUUGCCUAGCUGUCUGCCUGCAAGAUCUCGGGACCUGCGGCUGGAGUGGCUGAGCUGCAUACUUAACUACAGACUUGCGCACAAGGCUCAUCCACUACUCAUUUAUAUCCUACAAAGCAUCUAUAUAUCUUUUUCAGAACGAUAUUCAGGGCGACAGCUUUGAGACCUUACAACAGCUAUAUUCAGCAUGGCCGACUCCAAUCCCGAUGCCUCCGGCGGGGGCAUCAAGUCUGGCAAGAAGCCGGCUUUCAAGAUGACGCCGCAUCCCUCAGGAAAGGAGAGUCAUGGAAAGGGAAUGCAGAUUCUCAGGGCCCUUUCUUUCUCUAUUUACUUCAUGACAUGCGCAUUCACCAUCGUCAUCACGCAGCUUAUUGGAGCUCCCCUCUACUUUAUCAACAAGGAAAUGUUCUAUGCAUACAUGGCAACUACGAAACGCUACUUUGGAAUCACCAUCACGACCAUGACGCACGUUUGGGCCAACACGCUCGUUAGAAUCAGCGGAGAUGCCUCUGUCGCGGGGCAAAUCAAGGCUACAGCAAACGGUGGUGUUGAGUUCAACUUCCCUGAGCGUGCUGUUCUCAUUGCAAACCAUCAAAUUUAUACCGACUGGCUGUAUCUUUGGUGGGUCGCGUACGCCAAUCGACCCAGCAUGCAUGGCCACCUCUUCAUCAUCCUAAAGGAGUCUCUCAAGUAUAUCCCCGUCUUUGGAGUAGGCAUGAUGUUCUACGGAUUCAUCUUCAUGUCUCGCAAGAUGAGUACUGACCGUCCACGUCUGUCCCACCGCCUGAAACAACUCCAGGCCCCCAAGACGGAUCCCAGGACUGGGCAGACGUAUCUGGAUCCCAUGUGGUUGCUGCUUUUCCCAGAGGGAACCAACCUAUCAGGAAACGGCCGCCGCAAGUCGGCUAACUGGGCAGAAAAGACCGGCGUUAAGGACGCCGAGCACGUUUUGCUGCCUCGUAGCACUGGCACAUUUUUCAUUCUAAACGAGCUCAAGGGAUCAGUUGAGUACGUUUAUGACUGCACAGUUGCCUAUGAGGGCAUCCCCCGCGGAAAGUAUGGCGAACAAAUCUUUGGUCUCAACAGCACGUACUUUGAGGGUCUCCCGCCCAAGUCGGUCAACUUGUACUGGCGCCGCUUUCGAAUUGCAGACAUUCCGCUUGACGAUGCCGAGACGUUUGACAAGUGGCUGAGGGAGGAAUGGUACAAGAAGGACGCCUUAAUGGAAGAGUACAUGGUUAAAGGCCGUUUCCCGCCCUUACCAUCUGCCAAGACCGAGGCUACCGAAGAUGAGAGCAAGCACGACGAGUAUGUUGAAACCGAGGUGCGACCUCGUUAUCCGUUUGAAGUGCUACAAAUCUUUGUGGUCGUGGCUAUUGUUGGAUUGAUGUGGCACAACGUGGCAAAGGUGAUUCGGGCGUUUACGGGCUAGAACAACAUGGUUGGCGUAUGAACGGCGUCGAGCGUAGCGGCUUUUUUGUUUAAUUCAUUUUUGGUUACGGGCGAUCAAGGGCUCCGAUUUACGAUAACAUGCGCAUGAGUAGGUGCAGUCGGGAUGUGAUGGGAUGACUAGCCGAACCAGCGGUCGGGAGUUUGUCUAGAUUCGGAAUAGAAGGCCGGAAGGCGCACACAAUUAUUGAGAAGUGUGGCGAGUCGAUAGCAUUAUGAAUGAAUGUGUGUUAAGCCAUGCUUUGACAGGUUGUACAUAUGCACUGUAGAGAAAGCCACAUGGAGCGCCGCAAUGUUAUUCGGCUAUUGGAU